GUAUCACAGUUCUCUUUUUCGCUUUUGACCCUAUUUUGUUGCUGAACUUUUACGCAAACUAUGCUCUAGUUAUCUUUUACAAAUUUAAAAAUGAAAAAUUUAGGGAAGAGUGAUGCACGUGAGUAGACGUGCAAACUGUACCGGCACGCGGAUUAGUUCGCUCAAGGGAGUGAGUACGAUCGGAUCCUGGUCGGACGGGAUUUCAAAAACAGAUAAAACUAGGAUUUAAGUUACAUCCAUGUGUUAUAAAGUGAUGCAGAAUAAUACGGAUCGUCGUCAAAAGGGAAAUUGAAUCACAUUUCAGGUCGAUGACGUCAGCGUACAAGAUCACUCAGCUGAAGGUGCCGCUGUACGCGGACCCCCGCCGUGCAGCCGAGCUGAGUUGUCACUUCAUAAUGGACGACUACGAGCUGCAUUCUGUCAAGUUGUACAGAGACCUGGACGAGAUAUUCAGAUACAACCCUUCGCAGAAGCCUACGAUACGUUUGUACAACGUGACCGGCGUGAUAGUUCAAGGCGGAGAGUGUGAGAGUCAGUGGUGUCUGGUGCGGGUGAUGCCCGCACCGGUAGCGACAAAAGCUGCGUACACCUGUGAGAUAUCAACAGAAGGACCCAAGUUUAUGAUAGCGAGAAAGACUAAACUGAUGACUGUUGUUGCUAUGCCGGAUAAAGAUCCAGUUAUUAAUGGAGCACCGAAAUUAGUGAAGCCUGGAGACCAGAUAGUCCUCAAUUGUACUUCAGAUUACUCUUUACCUCCGUCGGAUAUUAAUUGGUAUAUCAACGACGAUCUACAAAAGGCUGAGCUAUGGCAUCACACUGAACUUAGUGCAGUACAGCCCGGGGGUCUUCGUGCUUCGUGGCGUAUUCUCAGAAUCUCCGUGCCAUCAGAUGUCAUCGGCGCCCUCCAAGUGAGAUGUGAGGCAGUUCUCACUGUCGAGCCGCCGGUUAUCCGUGAAACUUCAGCCGUAAUGACCUUGUUCUCUCGUACUCAGCUAUCUAAAUAUAUGUCUAACAGAGGUGCACAGAUCGUAUUUCGAGAUUUAAUAUUAGUCUCAGUAAUAUUAGGUAAUGUAAACAGGAUUCUAUCAGUAAUAUGGAGCUUAAAAGCAUAGAUUAAGAAAUAACUAUUGGUAAUAUUAUUAGCGUAAUAUGAAUAAUAUUGAUUUAAAUGAAUGAAAGCACAUCAAAUUUAUUAUUUUUAAAUUGUAAAAGAGGAUAUGUUUUCCAUAAACUGUUUUGUAAAUAUCUGCUAACUACACUAAUUAUUUUUUCAAAUUAUUUUAUAUGUUUUAUCAGCAUUGAUUAGUUUCCUAAGAUUUCUUUGAGUUAAAUAGAAUAAAAAACCCGAGUCAUGCCAUUACUUAAUAUCUUAUUUUAAAAUACUAUUUGAUUAGAGAUAUACUAUUGACAUAGAGUAAUUAAAUUAGAUUCCCAAGUCAAUAUCAACUUGAAAGUUUAAUUUGCUCAAAACUCUAGCGAUAUAGUUUCUUACUUAUUACGUAGGGCCCUUGGAAAAAGGUAGAAAAUGUUCUUUAAUAUUGUUUAACGUAAAUAUAAUUAUUUUCUUAAAAUUAUGCGAAAUUUAAGAGGGCGAAAAAAGUAUUUUUAAGUAUAAAUUUUUCAUUAUAUCAAAAGCUUAAUGUAGACUUUUCCUUUUUACUGCCUUGAAUAAGGUUUGAAAAGUAAAGUAUUCCCUUUGUAAUACAGUCUAGUACAGUUGAACAAAUAAACAGAAUAGAAUGCUGAAGUGUUACGGCUAAGGUAUGGUUAUUGAUAUUUAUUAUUAUAGAUGCAAAUAUGUGUGUACAAUGAUAAUAUGAAUUUCUAUAUAAUAAAAAUUAAUGAAUAAUAAGAAAAUAAAAAAUAUAAUAGAUGUAUAUAAUAGUAAUUUUACAAUACACCAAAGCUCCUGGCACACGAAACUGUUUAAACUAUAAAUGAAAUGAAAACUGAUACUAUUCUGUAACGCUCAUUUGAGAAACGUAUGUUGACCGGAGUUGACAGGGAGCGCGAUCACACAGAGCCGAAUAAAACAGCGUUAUUAUACUUCAGAGGCCGACGAAAUUAUCACUAUUUAUGUAAGUGUGAGCAAGCGCGCCAUAUUGGUAAUACUCCUCUUUCAUGUCGCCAGUGCCUCGAGCUUUGCCGAUAACUUUAUUUCCUUCUAGCACAACACAUUAUCUUAUAUUAAAUUUAGCACAAAAUUACCACUGCUUAUACUUUGUCCUAUGAAAACUAGUUUAAGUAAAGUUUAAUAACCUAUGGCUGUGUAUGUAUGAAAUCGUUUGUUAACGUAAUGUGUCAAAUAAAUUAUGAUAUAUGAAAUAAAA